AUGGUUGGACGCAAGUUUCGAGCAAAAAGAAAAAGACAGGCAGAGAGCUCGGAGGGCGCAAAAGAGCAGGCGGAAGCGCUGGAGAAAAGCCAGAGGCAAGCUGCAGAGCCGGAGGCGGUGCUAAAGGAUAAAGAAGAAGAGUUUGAAGACGAAAGAAAGGUGCAUGGCUGGCGGGUGGUGGAAUUGAAAAAAUGGGUUGCAGAGCUGGUGGGCAGGGUAAAAAGGCAGGGAGAAGAGUUUAGCGCGGAGAGAAAGCAGCUGGAGGGGCGGAUUGCAGAGCUGGAGAAGAAGAGAGCAGAGGGAAAGAGCAGAAAGGCAUCCAUGAAUGGGGGGUAG